UGGGCAGGCCAAGUCUUCUCUGCUUCAGUUUGAAACUUCUGCACCACUUUUGCCAAUCUCUCUUCUCACAAACACAGACACAGAAACAUAAAUGGAGACAACCUAUUCAAAACCCGUCCUUCACGAUGUCCCACCAUACAUAAGAGUGUACGAAGAUGGAACCGUAGAGAGACUCGUCGGCACAGAAACAGCACCGCCAGCUCUCGACCCCAAAACCGGAGUUUCCUCAAAGGACGUCGUUUUCCUCCCGGAAACCGGCGUCUCCGCCCGUCUCUACCUCCCCAACGCCGCCGCCCACAACCACAAGAGACUCCCAUUGGUCGUCUACUUCCACGGCGGAGCAUUCUGCAUAUCUUCAACCGCUGACCCCAAGUACCAAGAAAUGCUCAACGUUCUAGUAAAGGAGGCCCAAGUCCUCCUCGUUUCAGUCGACUACAGACGGGCCCCGGAAAACCCACUUCCGGCAGCGUAUGAUGAUUCUUGGGCAGCCCUUAAAUGGGUGGCUUCUCACAUGAAAAAGGAUUCCGGCAGUGAAAUUUGGGUCAGGGAGUUUGCGGAUUUUAAUAAGGUUUUCUUAGCAGGGGACAGCGCUGGUGCCAAUAUCUCACACCACAUGGCAAUCCGGGCCGGGUUACCGAACCCGGAAUUAGGAGAACUCAAGAUCGCCGGCAUUCUAAUGAUACAUCCAUACUUCUGGGGCGAACAACCCAUCGGAGUGGAGGCUGAAAAUCCGGUGUUCAAAGCGGUGGUUGACAAGUGGUGGCGAUUCGUCUGCCCGUCGGAUCUUGGGUGCGAUGACCCGUUAAUCAACCCGUUCGUGAGCGGAGCCCCGAGUCUUGCGGGUCUGGCGUGUAGGAGGAUUCUUGUUUGUGUUGCUGGGAAUGAUGUUCUAAGGGAAAGGGGAAGACUUUAUUACCAGUCCCUGGUGAAGAGCAAAUGGGAGGGGAAAGCAGAGUUCGUGGAGACAGAAGGGGAGGACCAUGUUUUUCACAUCAUGGAUCCCACUUCUGAAAAUUCAAACAAGCUCAUCAAACGUUGUGCGGAGUUCAUCAAUCAUGUGUAGAAUGAUGUCAGUAAGUUUCCAUUGUCCCAUCCUUCUAAAAUCGUUUCCAUUGUCCCAUCCUUCUAAAAUCGUUUCCAUACACCUGUACCAGAAAAUAAGAAAUGGAUCUUGUGAUCUACCAGUUUAUUACUGCUUAUCGUUAUCUACA